AUGCUCCAGAAACACAGGCAAACGCUGGUGUACGGCCUGGGUGUGGCCCGGGGAACGACGCUGGUGGCCUACGCCUCGCGGUUUGUGGGCACCUUGCGGAGCGAGCUGCCGCGGGUGCUGGAGACGGCAGCGCCCGAGGACGGAGGUUUAGGCGAGGGCGAGCCAGUGGUGUAUGCGCUGCAGGCAGAGGUAUAUAUGCACCUGCUCCGCUGUACAGACUCAUCGCUGGUGGCGCUGCUGGUGGCGCAUCCGUCGCUGCCACGGCGGCUGGCUGCGGCAGCACUGCGGAGGAUCGCCGGCCGCGCGGCGGAUGUUCUGGCGGCGGCGGGCGUUGCCGGCGGCUCGCUGCUGCCAAUGGAGCUGGAUGCACCGCUGGCCAAGACGAUGACCGAGGUGACGGCGCGACUCGCGGCGCUCCCGAUGCAUGUCUUUCGUGCUCUGCCGCCAUCGUCGGCGACGGGCGAGGAGCCGGUUUACGAUCUGGCCCCGGCACUGCUGGCGCGGAGCCGCAGCGAGCCGCCGUUUGUACUCGUCAUUGAGCCCGCGAUGGACAACGACGAGUCGUUUCUGCGGCUGCUGUGGCGGACCGACGCCGCCCGCAAGCGGUUCAAGCCGCCAUCGUUUGCCCGCCGCCAUCCUUACGUCAUUGUCGGCCUCUUUGCCUUGGUCAUUGUUUUUGGUCUGCUCAUCUAUGUCUUUGUCCUCGCGCCGCGGUACGGCUUCUCGCUCCUAGGCGAUAAGUCGAAAGACCACUCUGUGUGACACUGGUCCACUGCGCUACGGAACUGCGCCACCCACCAUCAUCCGCCGCAUGAGCAUCAGCUGGAUCCGUGCCUGAGGGUCACUGGCUACCACUCGACUCCACCGCUCUUCGAGCCCAACCGCCGUCUCCUGCGCGGCCGUCUGCC